GUAACGGCAGAAUAGAAUUUCAAGAAUUCUACUCCUUUAUGCAAGCAGAAAUGUCAAAAAUUAGUGAUGGCGACUUUGCGAAUAAGGAGGAAGUUAUACGAUCAGCAUUUAGAACAUUUGACAAAGACGGAAAUGGUUUCAUUGACGCAAAUGAAUUUAGAAUGGCUAUGAAGAAAUUAGGAGAAAGAUUAACAGAUAAUGAAUUAGAAGAUAUGAUGAAACAGACAGCUGUUGCCGGAGAUGGUAAAGUAAACUAUGAAGGCGCAAAAGAACUCAGAUCAAAUAUACAUGGAAUACAUCCGAAAGCACAUGUGGAUACUUACAGGGACACAGAUAACAGAUACGUGGAAAACAUUCACAGGCGGGUGUGGAUACUAGUACUUAUACGAACGCAGAUCACAAAUACGUGGACUACAUCA